AUGGUCGAAGCCCAGCUGGACGAGUUGAGCGUGAGGACUGGUACGCCAGGUUAUUUUUCUAGCAUCCAAUCGCGAGAUUCAAUUUCAAAUUCUGAUUCCCCCCAGGAGUAUCCAAGUGCAACUUUUCAUGACAGCAGCGGGCCAGCAACACCUACUGCACAUCCAAACGUCCUCAAUCGAAUAGAUAGGGAACCCGGCGCUACACACGAUUCUAUGCAUGGUGAUGCCAGUGAGCGCAUGUCAGAAUCUUCAAAACCUGAUCGUUCAAAGGCCGGAACACCAAGUAAUCGACGACGCUCCCGUCCGCAGUCUGGGAAUAGCCACCGGUUGAGCGCUCAACAUACAUCGCAAGCCCCGUCAUCCCACGGCUAUGUCAUAUCCUCACCGAGUCCUUCAGAGAAUGUCCCUAAUCAUCCCCCCUCCGCGUUCCAGGGAUCGCCGAUGGUUUAUUCCCCGCCAGUGCCCUAUGGUCAAAGGCCUGGCUACGCUGGACAAUACACGAUGCCUUCUCAGCCGGGCCAUAUGACCAUGGGGCAUCCACCAUCUCCUUAUUAUCCGCACUCGUAUCACCCAACGAUGCCAGAUGGUAGCAACAUAAACACCAUACACGCCGCCAAUUUCCCAAGCAUGCUCCAACCUCAAGCACACGUUUCUCAUCCUUUCCCGGGGACGCGUACUUCGUCUAUGUAUCCCCCUCAUCGGAUAAACACGCCGUCUUCUUCUUCACCUUCAUCUUCACAUCCACCUUCAUCUUCUGGCCAGAACACUCCUUAUAUAACAUCCGGGCCAUUUCAGUCUUUACCAUAUCCUGCACCUACUUAUUCAUAUCACCCUCAAGGUUUUCCUUCAUCGCCCAUGUAUGGGGGCCAAUAUCCCGCUAGCCCAUUCGGACAACAUUAUACACCACCAAAUGAGGGAGAGCCACAGGGUACAUGGGUCUUUCUUCCACACCCUCCUCAAUCUCCACAACAAUUCGAUGCCGGUGGAUAUACCACCCAUUAUUCUGUUGCGUAUCCGCAAGUCGGACACCCCGGAGCAGAAGUUGCCCAUGGUGGACAGGUUCCAUCUUCCAUUCCGACUCAUUCGCCUCCACUACAUUUCCCAUUUUCACCGUCACAACAUAUACCCGACUCUCACACACCAUCAGAUUCACCGGGACCUUCUGGAGCUGGGCCACCCAUGCAACAGAGUUACCCCAGCGCUGCUCAGAGCGUUUCUUCGGGAAGUGGCCGCCAUCCGGCCAGCGACAAACCACGUGUACGACGCCCAUACCACCCAAACCCACCAGCUCAUCGGUCGGAAUGGGUGAUGUGGGCCGGCAACGUACCAUCGGAUGCAAGCCACGAUGAGUUAUGGCGUUUCUUCAAUCAGCCACCUGAGCCACGGGCAGACGGGGCGGAUGCGAAGACCGGCGUGCUCUCCAUUUUCCUGAUUUCUCGCUCCAGCUGCGCCUUCAUCAAUUACGAGACUGAAGCUUACUUACAUCAAGCCAUCGCACGGUUCAAUGGUGUUCCGCUCCGCUCCAACGACCCGCGAUGCCCUCGACUUGUGUGUCGUGAGAGGAAGAAAGAUGAUGAUCUGAAGGCAGGAGUGGGUCUACAGCGGGGGAGGAACAUGCAUCUCAAUUGGAUUCGGGACCAGAAGGGCAAAGCGCCAGAGUGGGCGAGCGAUCCGUCAGAUUUAUCGGCUUCGAUCUCAGAUGGCAUGUCUACGUCUCCUGCAAGCGUGUCGGAACGACUGGCGAGCGCAGUGUCGAGCAUCUCUAUGGCGGAUAAAGAAAGCGAGGGAAGGCCAAUCCAUACCAAACAUUCCAGUAGCUCUGGAUCGUACGCUUCGACCACAUCCAGUUUCCUUGCGCGAUACUUUCCAAAACGCUAUUUUAUCCUCAAAUCUUUGACUCAAGAAGAUUUGGAUCUUAGCGUGCAACGGGGUGUUUGGGCGACUCAGAGGCAUAAUGAGGAGAUUUUGGAUCAAGCGUUCAGGACCAGCAAGGAGGUUCACCUGAUAUUUAGUGUCAACAAAAGUGGCGAGUUCUAUGGGCACGCCAGAAUGUCAGGACCUGUUCUCCGAGGCGAAACGCGUAUCUCAUGGGCAUCACGUCCGUCGCAGCAGCCCCCUAUUCGUGCAAUGACGACGCCACACCUUCCUACGACCCCAGUCACGAACAUCAUCUCUCCCAGCGACGGCCGGUUCGUGGACGAAUCCCCUCUGCAAGUGGAAGGAGUCACUCCAGGCCUGCCACCUACGAGACCACUCAGAAACCCUCAGAGCCACCUCCGGCACUCAGCACCUCCUCUUCUCGGCGAGGGGUACAAGCUUCCGACAGUGACAACGUUGGACACCAUGUACAGCUUGGAUCAGCCCCGGCGCCCACACCAGGAGGAGGCGUUUGAGCUGGACCGGUAUGCGCCUUUGAGGGCUCUGCGUGGCCAACAGGGGUCAUCGGGCUCGAGUUCUGGGUCUGGCUCAGGAUCAGAUGGGCAGGAUAAAUCGAGUGGAAAAGCUGGAGGGUCUUCGCUGGAUGCUGUGGAAGAGGUUGAGGAGAGGGUAGAGGAAGUGGAUUACGCGUUUGGAGCGGGGUAUUCAGAAGCCCGUGGACCCCCGGAAGGUGCCGACAGCGGAGAGGUGGCGGAAGGUGACCCAGAUACAGGUGCGGGUGGUGGUGGUGGUAAACAGCGCGGUGAAGAGGCUUGGGGCGACAGCUUUGCUGUGGAAUGGAUCUGCACUGACAGGCUGCCGUUCUAUCGCACGAAGCAUCUGCGCAACCCAUGGAACCACGACCGGGAGAUCAAGGUUUCGCGGGACGGGACAGAGGUUGAGCCGACUGUUGGGCAGCGAUUGUUGGAUGAGUGGGAUAAAUUGGCUGAUCCGCAGUUACCUCCAACCAUGGGUGCAGGAAAGCCUGCAACAAGUGGAGGAGGAGGGAAGAAGGCGACGGGCGCGAGGCCAUCCCCAGCACAAAUGUCCAGUGAAGAAGGAACAAAAACGGCACCACGAUCACGAUAA